GACCCUGCCGCGCAACAACAGCUACGUCAAGUUUCGGAUGCCGACAGAGGAUGGGAGUCCCUGCUCGACGAAGAGCGAGGUUGUUCUGCUGAAGCCCCUCGUCCAGCCAGGGGUGGCGUCCAAGGCCUUCGUCGCCCUGAGCCCCGGAGACCUCUUGGAGAUGAUCAGGGAAGCCCGACGCACGGAGCAGUGGCGCGAAACGACCCGUGCCCUCUGCGCGACGCUGCGGUGCCCCUCCGUCUUGAACUCCUCCUUCCACUUCCAGGGCUCUCCCAGGCCCUUCCUGGACAGCGAGGUUUUGCACACAGCCCUGGAGCUCCUAAUGGAUGCUGCGCCCGUUGAGGUCCACGAUGCGGUGCUUGAUGCAGCAGCUCAGGGCCUCGACCUGCUCACGGCGCCGGAGGGCCGGGGCCUCCCCCAGACAAGCGAACAGCUGAGAAGUAUUUUGAUCUACUUGAUGUUGCCGCAGCUUCGGAAUACGAAGUUUGUACAAAGGCGGCGACACGCGAUCAUGUCGAAGCUGGUUCUGCAUCUGGCCUUUACACAGCCGGCAGACAGACGCUUGCUGAUGGAUCUGAUUGUGGACGAGAUGCCCCAGGCGUUCAUCUUGAAGAAAGCCGUUGUGCCAGCCGUUCGGCUCUUCCUGAACGAGCGGGUACCAGAAGACUUCGUGAAGAUGAAUCGAGUCCGCCCCUUCCCUUUCUGCUGGAUAUUCGAUGCAUAUGUCGAAGAGCCGCACGGUCUGGCCAACUUCGAGUUCCUUUUGGGAUUCUUGGCGGCCUUUGCAAAAGCUCUGCCUACGUACAAGCUGAGCGGUGAAUAUCCUUUGGUGAAGAAGGCUGAUGAGAAGCCGAUGCGAGAGGAGGACCAGAAAUCUCAGAAGAAUUCCAAGGAAAAUGAUGAUUCCACGGAGGCAGAGAAGAAGCCAAAAGAUCUAGAGAAAGACUCGGGAAAGGAGGAGGCUCCCAAAGAAAAGAAGGAUUGCACGGAGGUAGGGGAAACCAGAGAUCCAGAGAAAGAAUCGGUAAAGGAGGAGGUUCCCAAAGGAAAGAAGGAUUCUAUGGAGGCAGUGGAAAUCAAGGAUCCAAAGAAAGCCUCGGUAAAGGAGGAGGUUUCCAAAGGCAAGAAGGGUUCUAAGGAGGCAGGGGAAACCAAGGAUCCAAAACAAAAGCUGGUAAAGGGGGAGGCUCCCAAAGGCAAGAAGGCAGAAGGCUCUGUAGAAAAGGAAGAAGAUCCCAAGGACCUCAACAAAGUCAGGGCCGCAGGCUCCAAAGAUCCGCAGCCAGAUGGCACGAAGGAGCCGGAGCAGAUUAUUGUGGAUACCGGUACUGAUUCUCAGCUUCCACCAUCUGAAUCUUUCCUCGAGGAAUCCCUCGAGUGCUUCAAGCGGGAAGGCGAACGCGAAGCCCGAGUAGGCCCUUUGGAUGAAGCCGACGAGGUUCAGAAAGCCAAUGGUGUGUUCGAGGCUGCUGCUUUCUUGGCAAGCUUGAACGUCGAGGCGGCAAGGACAGGUUUGGCUGGACCUGAUGCUGCGAAUAUCAUCAAGGCUCAGCAAGCGACCAGGGCGAUGCUUCGACGUGCGAACAACAAUCAUGAGCCACCAGGAUUAAAUGAUGAUCCGGAUGACAAGCCGAGCUCCGAUGAUGAGGCAGGAGCUGGACGGAAAGGGAAGGGCAAAGGAAGGCCUAAGGGCAAAGCCAAGGGAAAAGCGAAAGCCAAGGCAAAAGCAAAGUCCAAGGCGAAAUCCAAGGCAAAAGCAAGGCCCACAACUUCAGAGGAUGACGACGAGGAGAAGGAAAAGUCGAAGAAGCGCGGCAGGAGCCCUGAGAAGAAGGAUGCCCGCGCCCGGGAGGAGAGCUCCGAAGAUCCCCCAAGAAAGCCCAAAGUUAAGAAAGGCCCAAAGGCCCGCCCCAGCAGCUCCAAGCCAGCCCGGAAGAGGGACCCCAGCCACAGCCCCAAUGCGGACUCGCUAUGGGAGUCGGUUUCAGAGACAGAGCCAACAAAGAAGAAGAAUAGGAUGUUGAAGCCACUGAAGAGGAGCAAAUCAGAAGAGGAGGCAAUGAAAUCUACAAGCGAAGACGAUGAAGGAGAACAGCAAGAAAAUGAAUCGGAAGAGGAACAGGAUACCGGAGAGGAUCCCACAAGGCCUACGUUUUAUCCUGCUGGGCCACCGAGGAGGGCAGGAAAGGUGCUGUCUGAGGACUUGCGACGUGCAAAAGUGGAGCAGCUGAAGCUUCUGAACAACACUGAGAAGCAAUUCAUUCUCCCGCCUCCCAGCACUCUGAAGAAGGGCUCUUCCUUCACAUUGCGGCCGCCUAAACAAGGCACUCACGAGGACACUUCCGAGUGUUCCACGAUCCAGGUACCGGCACGCCCGCAUGUUGGCGGGAUGGAUUGCUCCGAGCUGAAGCUGAAAGCAGCUAGGAUUCACAUGUGCGAUUUUCUGGCACAGCAGACCCCUCUUGAUUCUCCCAAUGCGCAAAGGGCCGGGCUCUGUCGAGAUGAUCAGAAGAGGGCAGGCUUUCUGAAUGCCGGUCGAUUAUGUCUCCGCUUAAUGGAAGCGAUGAUACCGGAUGAAAUGUGGAAGAUGGCAGACCUUGGCAAAUUGAGAGCGUUUCUGCGAGCUCGGGUGAAGGAGGGCUCCUUCCGGCCGAUGUCUCUAGAGGGUCACAGCCCAGACUCCAUCGAGACGCAAAUAGACCCGGAGCAGAUUAAGGAAAGAGAAGCAACAGGGAAAAAGAAAGAUAUCAAGCCCGCAAACAACAACGAAGCAAAGAAUACUGAUGAGACAAAAAGCCGGCCAAAAGAUGCAGAUGUCGAGGGACCCGUCGGUCCUGUUGUCCCGAAUCCUGAAGCUGCGGAAGCAAACUGGUCAGCCAGGUCAUGGCCGGAAACUUACGCUACUGCUGCUGGUGGACCGGACAGCCAAGAUUGGCAGUCCAGCUCGUGGUGGGGCUGGGGGUACCAGGCGGGGCAUGAUGAUGGCUGGGCCAACCACUGGCACGGCUCGUGGAGGCGAAGGCGUUCGUCAUGGGAGUCAGAGCCUGGAACCGAGGCGGUGGAAACUCCGCAAAAGGCUCUCCGUAGGAGCAACACCAGCGAGUCAGACUUAGACUCAGGUGUAGUGGAAGCACUUGAGCGGCUGAGGACUUUUGAUCGGAUCCCCGAUCUGGUUAAGCUUGCUCAGGAUCUCGAGACAAAGUUCGCGCAGGCGGCGACCCCGAGCACCAAGGUCAUGCAGUCGGAAUCGACUACUCCAGGAUCUACGCCCAGCCCAAACCGGGCUGGGUCUGCAGUGACAAGCCCCACUGAGGGGUCAGAGGCACCGGCCCAAGUUGAGUUGAAACCUGCCGAGACCCCAGCUGCGGAAGUCAAGUCCCAAGCUGAUCAAGGGCAGGAGCCUAAACCGGAGGCAUCGCAGAUUGUCCCGACCCAAGCCGCUGAAGAACAGAAGCAAGAGGCCAUGCAGGCCUCAGACAAGGAGGAUAAGAAAGACAAAGCCGAAGAAAGCAAAGACCCAGAAGCCACCAAGCCCCAAGAAGAUGAAGGAAAAGACACAAAGCAGGGAACAGAUGAAGACAAGAAGCAGGAGGAACUCACAGCACAGGAACAAAAGAAAGCAGAUGAGCUGAUUAAGAGAAAAAAGGCCGCUCAUGCAAGAUACAUGCGGUACUACCGCUCGGUUCGUGAAUCUCCAAAGACACCGAUUGAGAUCAAACGCAUGGGGGAGAAAGCCAAGAACGAUUCUGCGAUGAAUUCGAUCUUAUUCGAAGCCUGGGAGAAGUGCGACGGGAACUGGAAAACAUCCAGUAUCUAUCUCAACCUCAAGAACAUCAAGAGUACCCAGAGGACGGGGGUUCGGGUAUGGAUGACACGUGCCGAGGUCAUCGGGAAAUUCGGCGAAGUAUCAGCAGACGCGAUAAUCCUUCGAAAGCAAUCCGAUGAGAAGUUGAAGGCCACGGAGAUUCGUCGCCACCCAGAGCUACCGGACUCGGAUGAAUUGGUGCAGUACCUAAUCCUGGACACUUCGAAGUUUGUGGAAACGGAAGAGGAGAUUAUGGAGCAGCUGUACCAGGCCGCCGACGUGGACUCUUCCUCGUCUUCCACGUCUUCCGAGGCCUCGUCAAAGAAGGCCAAGAAGGCGCAUCAUGACAAGAAGAACAAGAAGAACAGCAAAGACAAGAAAGAUAAAACAAAGAAGGCCAAGAAGGCCAAGAAGGAGAAGAAACAGAAGCAACAAAAAACAAAGAAAUCUGCCAAGGAAGAUGAAGUCGCGGAUGAGGUGCUAGACGAACUGAAGAAGAAAGAUGAAGAAGACAAGAAGAAGCUCUCCAAAGCAAGGGGAGUCAUCACCAAAGCUGGCAAGAAGAUUCAAGAUUACAAGGAGUCUCUCGACAGCAUCAAAGGCAACCGUGCAGAUCUGCAAGACGCAGUGGACAAGAAGGACUACGACAAGCUGGAGGAUUUGAUAUCGUCAUUGCAAAGUGCAGUCCAGAGCUUUGAAGUGACGAAGAUGAUGGACCAGGCCUUCAAGAAUGGUUGGAAAAGAUCGGAAAGCAAAGGCAGAUGCUCCCGUGUAACGAAGAAGCUGGCCAAGUUUUCUGGGAAGAAUGCUUCCAGAGAUUUCUAUAAGUCGGUGGAAAUGUACACGUUGGCAAAAGCCGGCUGGUAUGGGGAUCCUUCUCAAGACCUCGAAAAGCUUUUCUUGACAGCCUAUGUCGACUUCAGAGCAUGGUUGAAAGAAAUGAAGAUCUAUUCUUCCCAGCGAAAGUUCAAGUAUGGGCUGAUUAUGAAGAAGAAAGAUGGAGGCUUACGUGCACCGUCAAUGAGCUGCAAGGCUUGGAAUGGCCGGAUCGUGCUGGAGUACUUGGCUUCAGUGCGUGCAGGAGCCGCAGCUUUUCCUACGGAUCCCAAAAUUCCAAUGCAAGCAGUUGCCAUGACUGGGCUGGCCAGAUUUUUCGGUAUCUCCGAGCGAUUGCCGCGACUGCUGCAGCCAGAGGAAGCGAAUCAAAUUUAUCACGAGGGCAUGCUUUUCAUCAAGACCUCCCUGGAUCUCGCCCAGGUUUCGGUGAGGCAGGCGGAACUCACCUGGCAUGUUACACCAAAACUGCAUUACUUUGAGCACCAGCUGCUGGAGACAAAGCGAACUUGUAUGAACAUGAGGUUUCAUCAUUGCUUUACGGACGAAGAUGCCAUGCGGUGGACGAAGCUGCUAUCUCGCAAAGCAAAUCCUCCCACGUUUGAACACUCGGUCUUGAAGAAGUCGAUUUCCAGACUUGCGGCGUUGAAAAAUCAUCGCCGUUUGUUGUUUGCAAAGCGAAGUGCGAGACGACGUGCUCAGCGCGAUGGCAACAGAAGCUAG